AUGGCUUCCGCCUACCUCGGAGAGGCCGUAGAGCCCAGGAAGAAGAGCAACGUCAAGUAUGCCUCCAUGUGUGCCAUCCUCGCCUCCAUGGCCUCCGUCAUCCUUGGCUAUGGGAUCGUCAGUCUCUACUCGGUCAUCGGAUCCUUCGCUGGCGCGCGGACGUCCGACAGGAUCGGCCGCCGCUUGACCGUCGUCUUCGCCGCUGUCAUCUUCUUCGUGGGCGCGUUGCUCAUGGGUUUCGCCGACAACUACGGCAUGCUCAUGGUGGGCCGCUUCGUAGCCGGAGUUGGUGUGGGCUACGGGGGUAUGAUCGCGCCCGUGUACACAGCCGAGAUCUCGCCGGCGGCAUCCCGCGGCUUCCUCACGUCCUUCCCGGAAGUGUUCAUCAACAUCGGCAUCCUGCUUGGUUACCUGUCGAACUACGCAUUUUCGCGCCUCCCGCUCCACCUCGGCUGGCGUGUCAUGCUCGCCAUUGGCGCAGUUCCGUCCGCCCUGCUCGCGCUCUUGGUGUUCUGCAUGCCCGAGUCGCCUCGGUGGCUGGUCAUGAAGGGCCGCCUCGCGGACGCCAGGGCUGUGCUAGAGAAGACCUCUGCCACGCCAGAGGAGGCCGCAGAGCGGCUGGCUGACAUCAAGGCUGCGGCGGGGAUUCCGAAGGACCUCGACGGAGACGUGGUCACCGUACCCAAUAAGGAGCGAAACGGCAGUGAGAUGCAGGUGUGGAAGCAGCUCCUAUCCCCAACCCCGGCGGUCCGACGCAUACUGCUCUCGGCCGUCGGUCUCCACUUCUUCCACGGAGCAUGGCGCGGCAUUGACGAAUAA